UGUCGGAGCAGGCGCGGGCCGCGGAGCAGGCAGCGCCCGCGCUCCGCUCGGCCGCGGGCCGACUCAUCGCAGUCGCAGCCGCUGUGGGCUGGAGGGUGGGCGGCGGAGCGGCGGCUUCGGCUACGGUCUCCAAGGGCCGGGUGUCGGCCACGCCGCGGGGUCCUCCUCGCCCCCCGCCCGGGGCUGCGCUCGGGCGCCCGGGCCGCAGGGGCCGCGGGAGGCGGGCCGGGGGCGCGGCGGGGAGACGGCGCGGCGGAGGCCCGCGGGAGGCAUCUCUGCGCUCGGACCGUGGCCGGCGUGAUGUCCACCAAGGUCAGGAAGUGCAAGGAGCAGGCGAGGGUGACCUUCCCCGCACCCGAGGAAGAGGAGGAGGAGGGCGAGGACGUGGACGCCGAGCCGCAGCGCCGCCCGCGGGGCUGGAGGGGCGUCAACGGGGGGCUGGAGCCGCGCUCGGCGCCCUGGCCGCGGGAACCGCUCGGCCACCGCCCGCCGCCCUGGUCUCCGGGGCCGGACAUGUCCAUGGACGGAAGCCCAUCCCUGAGGCGCAAGACGGUGAUGCGGGAGAAGGGCCGGCGCCAGGCCGUGCGCGGCCCGGCCUUCAUGUUCAACGACCGCGGCCCCAGCCUCACGGCCGAGGAGGAGCGCUUCCUGGACGCGGCCGAGUACGGCAACAUCCCCGUGGUGCGCAAGAUGCUGGAGGAGUCGCAGACGCUCAAUGUCAACUGCGUGGACUACAUGGGCCAGAACGCGCUGCAGCUGGCGGUGGGCAACGAGCACCUGGAGGUGACGGAGCUGCUGCUCAAGAAGGAGAACCUGGCGCGCAUCGGGGACGCGCUGCUGCUGGCCAUCAGCAAGGGCUACGUGCGCAUCGUGGAGGCCAUCCUCAACCACCCGGGCUUCGCGGCCAGCGGGCGCCUGACGCUCAGCCCCUGCGAGCAGGAGCUGCAGGACGACGACUUCUACGCCUACGACGAGGACGGCACGCGCUUCUCGCCAGACAUCACGCCCAUCAUCCUGGCGGCGCACUGCCAGAAGUACGAGGUGGUGCACAUGCUGCUGCUGCGUGGCGCGCGCAUCGAGCGGCCGCACGACUACUUCUGCAAGUGCGCGGACUGCACGGAGAAGCAGCGGCACGACUCCUUCAGCCACUCGCGCUCCAGGAUCAACGCCUACAGGGGCCUGGCCAGCCCGGCCUACCUGUCCCUGUCCAGCGAGGACCCCGUGCUCACCGCCCUGGAGCUCAGCAACGAACUGGCCAAGCUGGCCAACAUCGAGAAGGAGUUCAAGAAUGACUAUCGGAAGUUGUCCAUGCAAUGCAAAGACUUCGUGGUGGGUGUGCUGGAUUUGUGCCGAGACUCGGAAGAGGUGGAAGCCAUUCUGAACGGAGACCUGGAGUCGGUGGAGCCCGCGGAGGCGCACAGACACAAGGCCUCCCUGAGUCGUGUCAAACUGGCCAUUAAGUAUGAAGUCAAAAAGUUUGUGGCUCACCCCAACUGCCAGCAGCAGCUCCUGACCAUCUGGUACGAGAACCUCUCAGGGCUGCGGGAGCAGACCACAGCCGUCAAGUGUCUGGUUGUGCUAGUGGUGGCCUUGGGCCUUCCGUUCCUCGCCAUCGGCUACUGGAUUGCGCCUUGCAGCCGGCUGGGGAAGGUUCUGCGAAGCCCCUUCAUGAAGUUUGUGGCUCACGCCGCUUCCUUCAUCAUCUUCCUGGGCCUGCUGGUGUUCAAUGCCUCUGACCGAUUCGAAGGCAUCAGAACGCUGCCCAACAUCACGGUCAUCGACUACCCCAAACAGAUCUUCAGGGUCAAGACCACCCAGUUCACGUGGACCGAGAUGCUCAUCAUGGUGUGGGUUCUUGGAAUGAUGUGGUCUGAGUGCAAGGAGCUCUGGCUGGAAGGGCCGAGGGAAUACAUUCUGCAGCUGUGGAACGUGCUGGACUUCGGGAUGCUCUCCAUCUUCAUCGCCGCCUUCACGGCCAGAUUCCUGGCUUUCAUCCAGGCCACAAAAGCACAGCAGUACGUGGACAGCUACGUCCAGGAGAGUGACCUCAGCGAAGUCACCCUUCCCCCAGAGAUACAGUACUUCACUUACGCCCGAGAUAAGUGGCUCCCUUCGGACCCGCAGAUCAUAUCUGAAGGCCUCUACGCCAUCGCCGUUGUGCUCAGCUUCUCCCGAAUCGCCUACAUCCUCCCCGCCAACGAGAGCUUCGGCCCCUUGCAGAUCUCUCUCGGCAGGACCGUGAAGGACAUCUUCAAGUUCAUGGUCCUCUUCAUUAUGGUGUUUCUUGCCUUUAUGAUUGGCAUGUUCAUACUUUACUCUUACUACCUUGGGGCCAAAGUUAACGCUGCUUUUACCACCGUGGAAGAAAGUUUCAAGACGUUGUUCUGGUCCAUAUUUGGGCUGUCUGAAGUGACUUCUGUCGUGCUCAAAUAUGAUCACAAAUUCAUAGAGAAUAUUGGAUACGUUCUUUAUGGAAUAUACAAUGUCACUAUGGUGGUCGUUUUACUCAACAUGUUGAUUGCUAUGAUUAACAGUUCGUACCAAGAAAUUGAGGAUGACAGUGAUGUAGAAUGGAAGUUUGCUCGUUCAAAACUUUGGCUAUCUUAUUUUGAUGAUGGAAAAACAUUACCUCCACCCUUCAGUCUAGUCCCCAGUCCAAAGUCAUUUGUUUAUUUCAUCAUGCGGAUCAUUAACUUUUCCAAAUGCAGACGGAGAAGGCUUCAGAAGGACAUAGAAAUGGGACUGGGGAACUCGAAGUCCAGGUUUACAGAGUGCUUUGCUGUACGUUUGAACCUCAUGCAACAUUGUGAGUUAAACCUCUUCACUCAGUCUAACCCGAGAGUUUUUGAAUCACACAGUUUUAACAGCAUUCUCAAUCAGCCAACACGCUAUCAGCAAAUAAUGAAAAGACUCAUAAAACGCUACGUCCUGAAAGCACAAGUAGACAAAGAGAAUGACGAAGUAAAUGAAGGUGAAUUAAAAGAAAUCAAGCAAGAUAUCUCCAGCCUUCGUUACGAACUUCUGGAGGACAAGAGCCAGGCGACCGAGGAACUAGCCAUUCUAAUCCACAAGCUCAGUGAGAAGCUGGCCCCCAGCACACAGAGGUGCGAAUGACUUGCAACCUGGAGUGUGGCCCAACUAUAGCACAAUGUGGGCAAUAAUAUUUCUAAGGAUGAAGUACUUGAAAAACCAUGGUGUGAAUUUUUAGUACCAACUAUCUUUAUCAUGUAAAUCUUCAAAAAUUAGGUCUUAAUGAUUUUACUGUUUUAUCUCAUGCAAAUGGUCUUCAUUUUAACUGUCCGCAUUGACAUCAGGAACAAUGACAAGCCAUUGCAUUUAAAGGCCCAAUACUGCCAUUUUUGUCCAUUUGAGAAUGAACUGUACUACGUCUUUGCACUAUCUGUUUGCCUCCAAGAGACUGUGAGGAAACUCCUUGGGGACAGGGACCAUGUCUCACUCAUCUUUGUGUCUCCAGCAUCUAGAACAGUGCCUGGUACAAAGUAGGUGCUCAGUAAAUGUUGCUGAAACCAACUGAACUGAACUGCCAACUAGAUACAAGUACAAGUACAAAUACAAAUGCCAUCACUAUGUAGAACACCUUCCCUUUUGUCCAAGUGCUGAAGGGAUUUUUUAAAAAAUAGACACUGAAGACAUUUUACAAGCAGCUGUGACUUGGUCAGAUUUUCUUAGACUUUUUGGCAUCACUGAUAAUCCUAGAACCUUUGAGUCCCAAAGGAAGAAUUUAAUAAUGAAAUGGGUUCAUAGAAAAUAUAACUAUGUUACAUAUUUAAGUUUCAUAGAAUUGUUCAAAGCAACACAUUAAAGAUUUUUCUAAAGUAAAUAGUGUUUGUUUUCUGUCUUAGAUGGUCAUUUGUUGCUUUUCAGUCAUGUGACUUUAGUCAGUGGGAUGGCGGAUUUUUAUAAGGGGGCUCCAUAGGGUUGUUAUUUUGUUAUAAACUCCUGAUUUCUGCCUCUGCUGCUUUAAUGCUAAAUAAGGCAUCGACAGCUGACUUCCUGCCUCGUGCAUUUGCUCCUUCCUGGGUUUUGGAGGGCAGCUCACAGGCAGAAACAAGACAGAGCAGUGGUGGUGCCCCCGGAGGGGUGUGUCCCAGCAUCACCAGGUGGGUGUCCUUUCCCUUUGACACCUUGCUUCCAAUGAUUGACAUCCUUUCUCUGAUGAAAGCAUUUCAGUUACACUUUCUAUGCAAAACAGGUUGUGCUGUGUCUGUAUUUGAGUUCAUACAGAUAGUCUGUAACUGAGCUGGACACUGGUAAUGGCUACACUGCCUCCUCAUGACUGUAAAAGGAAAUAGGCCAGUAAGUUCCUUGUCUCUUCACUGAAACACUCAAAGCAGGGUUUUUUUUUUGUUUUUAAAUCCAGGUAGGUUUAAAUGUCUCACAGAGUUAGACUUAACACCCUGAUUCUCUUCAGGCUGUCCUGACAAGUCUUAGAGGAAUAUGAGUUGUGACCACACCCCAAAGACAGUUUUAUAGGCCCUAAACACCAACUAAAUACGUGACACUUAAAAAAAUCAUCACUCUCACACUGCGAGCUCUCUAGACAUGAAGACAAAAAUGAACACGAAACAAAACUACAUGAAGCUCUUUCAAGACAAUUUCUUAAUUUCUACUUCUUGGGAUUUCAAACCAUUAAAAUUACGCAAAGAACUUGAUACAUUUUUGCUACCGUUGUAGACUAUUUCAUGAACU